AUGCCAAGAUGGCUGCAAGCAAUUAUUUCGGCUUUACACAUGGUGCCGGUCCGCCAUACAGUACCCAGCCUCCACCGGCUUACUCCCAUCCCUCUACAGCCAGUUACAGUGUACAGCAGGCUCCAGCUGUAGCUCAUGCAGUGACUGCGUCCUACUCUCCAGCUCCAGUCCAGGCAGCCCGGCCUGUGGUGUCUGCCCCUUACCCUGCCUAUCAGAGCCACCAGGCCCCCCCUGACUAUGCCUACAGGCAGCCAGAGCCUCCAGCACCCCCACAGCCCACCACCACCCCACAGACGUACCAGGUAUACUCGGACACGCAGGACAACUACAGCUACGGGCGCCCUGCAGCUGUGACCACCUAUGACAAUAAACAGUACUACCAGACGAGUAUAGCUUCAGCUCAGAGGACACCCACAGAGAAUUACUACCAAACUGUCGGAGUAAAGAGUGCUUACAGUCCCGCUCCCUCCACUGUGUACAGCCAGCCUCCUCCUCCCCAGAGGCAGGUAACGGCCCUGAAGCCUCUGGCCCCCUCCAGUUCUGUGUCCACCAGCUACAACAUCUACCCAGUGUCCACCAGCGUCCAGCAGCCGCCCACACCCAUUUCAUCGUACACCCUCGGCUCGUCCUUCGGCUCCACCGUUUCAGCCACCACCUACUCAGGCAUAAGCUACUCGAGUUAUGAUUCAACUGGCUACACCUCCACAUCUGCCCCCUCCUAUUACCAGCCGGCCCAGCAGACUCUCACCCAGCCGCAGCCCCCACCGCAGCAGCCGCAACAGCCCCAACCUCCCAUCCAGCCACCACCCAAGCAGCUCACAAGCUCUUCCUGGAGCAACUCGGGCAGCAACAUGGUGACGGCUCCGGCUGUAAACACCUACAAAAAGCCCACAUUUCACCAGAACAAGCUGCAGAAGCCCAAAGGGCCUCCCAAACAGCCUCAGCUCCAUUACUGUGACAUUUGCAAGAUCAGCUGUGCAGGCCCUCAGACGUAUCGGGAACACCUUGAGGGCCAGAAGCAUAAGAAAAAGGAGGCAGCACUUAAAUCCGGGGGACAGACGGGGGCGAGCAACGGGCCCAGAGGGGUCCAGACUCAGUUACGUUGUGAGCUAUGUGACGUCUCCUGCACCGGAGUGGACGCCUACGCCGCCCAUAUCCGUGGGGCCAAACACCAGAAGGUGGUGAAACUUCACACCAAGCUGGGCAAACCUAUACCUUCCACAGAGCCAGUGCUGGUGAACUCAACCCCAGUUAUCACAACCUCGACAGCUGGGAAACCUCCAGGGUCCACGUCCAGUCCUGCCUCUGUCUCAACCACUUCAACUCCCACUGUGACACCAAAACAGGUGGCUGUAAACGCCACGCCCAAAACAACAGCACCCAUCAAGAAACCAGCUCCUUCCAAAAUAACUGUCAUUUCCAAUAAGCCUGCCAACCCCCCAGCAGCUGCUGUGACGGCAGCAGCAGCACCGGUGGUGGUGGUGGCUGCCAAGGUGGAGGAGCCCAUGCAACAGUCAGCUCAGAAGAUGCAGCCUCUGAGCGACGAUGAGGACUGUGACAGAGCUGGAGGCCAGGGAGACAUCCAGCCAGUGGGGCAUGACUAUGUAGAGGAGGUCCGCAACGAUGAUGGCAAGGUCAUUCGAUUCCACUGUAAACUGUGUGAGUGCAGCUUCAACGACCCCAACGCUAAAGACAUGCACCUGAAAGGGAGAAGGCACAGACUCCAGUACAAGAAGAAAGUAAAUCCAGAGCUUCCUGUGGAGAUCAAGCCCAGUAACCGAGCCAGGAAGCUGCAGGAGAGCAAGCUGAAGAAGCAGAAGCAGAAGGCGGUGCUGAAGAGACAGAGGGACGAUGAGCAGCGCUGGCACAUGGAGAUGAGGUCAGACUCGUGGCCAAACAGGCGAUAUGAGGAGGACAUGUACUGGAGGAGGAUGGAGGAGGAGCAGAUGUACUGGGGGGAGCAGAGGCGCAGGAUGGCUCCUCCGCCGCUGAUGAGCCGCCCUGGUAUGCCAGUACCCCCUCUACUGACGUGUGUGCGUCGGCCAGAUUCUCCUGAUGACCGUCACAUCAUGGCUAAGCACUCCACCAUUUACCCAGUGGAGGAGGAGCUGCAGGCUGUUCAGAGGAUUGUCUCCCACUCUGAGAGAGCCUUAAAACUGGUGUCAGAUACCCUGCUGGAUAAGGAGACACCAGCUGUUACUACCACUGCUACUGAAGGAGGAGAUGAAAAAGGUACUGACAACCCAGCACGGCUGCUGAAAGGUGUGAUGAGGGUGGGCAUCCUGGCCAAAGGCCUGCUGCUUCGUGGGGACAGAAAUGUUGAGCUCAUCCUGCUGACAGCAAAGAAACCCACCAUCUCUUUACUGAAGAGCAUCGCCAAGCAGCUGCCCAAGGAGCUGGAGACAUUUUCUGAAGAUCAGUAUGAGGUGCAGGCUCACCCCGAGGAGGCGAACAUCGUCAUAUUUUCAAGCAAGGAGCCCAAAAUGCAGGUGACCAUUUCUCUCACCUCGCCGCUGAUGAGGGAGGACACUGCUGCUGAGAAGGACAAGCAGGCAGGAGGAAAAGCGGCUGAGAAAGAUGUGUCUGAGAAGGACCCCCCUGAUCUUCUGAAUAAGAGGAAAUGUCUGGAAUACCUGGCUGCUCUCCGUCACGCCAAAUGGUUUCAGGCACGGGCCAAUGGGCUGCAGUCCUGCGUGAUCAUCAUUCGAGUGCUGAGAGAUUUAUGUCAGCGGGUUCCCACCUGGGGGAAGAUGCCCGGCUGGGCGAUGGAGCUGCUGGUGGAGAAGGUGAUCAGCAGUGCUGCAGGCCCACUCAGCCCAGGAGAGGCCAUGCGCAGAGUGCUGGAGUGCAUCUCCACAGGCAUCCUGCUACCAGAUGGACCAGGGUUGAUGGACCCCUGUGAGAAAGAACCCACAGAUGCUUUGGAAAGCAUGCUGCUUCAAGCCAGAGAGGACAUAACUGCCAGUGCGCAGCAUGCUCUGCGGCUGCUUGCUUUCCGUCAGAUCCACAAGGUUCUGGGCAUGGAGUCUCUGCCAGCGUCCAAGGCCAGCGCUCGCAACCGCAAACGCCGACGGGAUGGCAGCGACACGGGGGAAGGGGAGGGGGAGGGCAAAAAAGACAAGAAGGAAGAAGCACUGAGUGCUUGACCUCUGCCUUCAGAGUGGGAGGCGUUUGCUAGUUUAGAGACUGGUAGAAUGUCACAACUUUAAAACUUUUCUUAUCUUGAAAACAAUCUUAACACGCAGCUAUACACAUACAAAUAUAACUGACUGUACAUGUUACACGUGUACCCUUGAAUUAAGAGGAAUAAUGUGUUGGAGGAAGACUGAAGUCUGAGUAUCUGUACUGCAGUUCCUUCUCCUGUAUAGUCAUUUCCUGCAGUUUUAGUGUCUUUUGAAGUGUGCCGAGAAAAUUGGCUCAGUAAAAAAAAUGCUGAAAAUUACUGAUUGCAUCAUUCCAUUUCAAAAUAAUUGCACACUAAUUAACUGUUCACUGCAGUUACAACACCACCAUCAACUGCAGUUCCAUUGUUUUCUAUGACGUCCAAGCCUCUAAUUAUAUCAUCAGCACCUUAAAAGAGAAAUUCGCCAUGUUUUAUGUGGAUGUCCAAUCAGCGGUGAUGGUAAAUGUAGUCAGUCGAAGCAAUAAAUUGCUGGUGAACGUUGGCACUGCCUGAACAGCUCUACGAGCAGGAGAGCUUGGCUUUCUCCACAAUAUUUAUUGCUCCACUUGACUGCAUUUACCAUCAACGCUGAUUGGACAUCCACAUAAAACACGGCAAAUUUUCCCUUUAAGCUUUAUUUCCAAAAGAGUCUGACCUCUGCUCCUGUUUAGGCUAGUUCAGUUUUACCAUCUGACUCUUGAGUCAGGACUCACUGAACUAAUAUCGGUGCAUGACAUUUGUACUCUGAAAUGUGUUUUUCAGCCUGUGUUUGAAAGAAGAGAUGAGUGUGAGAGUGAUCAGAGAAGAAAAGCAGUGUUUAGGAUCUACAUACACGCGGUACUGUGAUGUUCACUGUGCCUGAGAAGAUGCACAAGUGAUAAAAUAGUGUUGAGCAAACCUCACACGUCCUCCCUGAACUCUUUAUGCUCUCUUUGCUCCCUCUAAAGUUUCCCCUAGAGCUGUUUCAACAUUUCCCACCUGGCACAUUUCGAAAAUAGAGACAGAGUUGUAAAAUCCGAAGGGCCCACAUCACACCUGAAAAACAGCGCUACACUAAAAUAACCUACCCUUGAAAAUAUGUCAAAGACAGAAUCGCUGCUUAGUGCAGCGUCGCCCGUGAGGUUGUCUGUGGAGGUAACACUGGAGAGUAAAUCUGUCUCUGAAGAGAGAGAGGGGUUUUACAUUGCACAGUCUGUAGCAUGCUGAGGGAAUGAAGCACUUAAGAAAUGACAAUGUUACUGUAUGCAGCCAUAAUUUUAUCAUUUAAGUAAUACGCCUAUUAAUCUUUUUUCUUCCAGAGUAUGGUUAGCAGAAGAGAGCAGCUUUCGUCCGAUAAAGAUAAGACUGAAUAUCUACUGUAUUGAUCAAGUAGUCCUUUGACGUUCUUCCUUGUGCCUGCAUCAUGUCAUAUGUUACAAAAGACUGAGUAAGGGGAACUUUAAUGAGGUGUCAGGUUAAUAUUAGGAUCUUACUUCACAAAGAUGUAGGACAGGCAAGGGUCAGUUGCACAGCUCUUUUGGCUUAAAAGUUGAUGUGAGAGAAUUGUUGUGCAGUUUGAUUUUUCAUUUACCAAGAGCAUCAUAUAAGUAUUGCUUAUUUUAUUUCUGAAGGAUGUUGCAAUCUAUUUUGUAUUGUUUAAACAGAAAGUGUGAACGUUCCUGUCCUAUGAUUUGAAUGUCUUUGUAGUGCUGCCGAAAUUUAAGGGGAGAUAUUAAAACACUUUU